AUGGCUUAUGAUCUGGAACUGUGGUUUAUUCGGACAGUUCUCUUUGUUGGCGUUGUUUCAAGUUUAGGUCCAAAAUUAGCCAUGAUUCGAAAAAUGACAAAUGAUCUAUUGCUAUUCAUAAUUAUAAUUGUUAUUUUCAUUUUCGGUUAUGGAAUAACAUCAAGAUCUAUGACAGCCUAUGGUACUUUCGAUUUAGACGGACGACAAUUUUUUCGUAAUAUAGUCUAUCCAGUUUAUUAUUUUGUCUUGGGCAAAUUUGAUGAUGAGCUUGCACAAUUAGAUAUCACACCUGAUGUCAAUACUACCAUAGCCACUCAAGUCAUGUUGGCAUUUCAUAUGCUCAUUGUCAAUAUACUGUUGUUAAACUUGCUUAUUGCCUUAUUCAGUAAUACAAUAAAUGACGUUCAAACACAAGCAUAUCACAUUUGGGCUUACGACCGCUGCGCUUUUAUCCGUGACUUUUAUUUUCAACCACCACUGUUUCCACCAUUUAGAUUUUUAAUCUGGAUGGUCGAAUUUCUUCGAUGGUGGUGGCAUAAAUGCAAAAAUGAUGAUAAAAACACAAAAUGUUUCAAAAUGAUUCCGGAAAUCCCUUAUCUCGAUAAUGAAUGGUCAGAAUUCGAACGAUUUUCAACAAAUGAUUACAUUCGAUACGUGCUCGAUUCACAGAUCUAUAAAGCUGCAAAUACAAUAACGCCUGACAUUUCGUAA